ACGCUGAUUGACAGGUCUCUAACAGAUAUAAAUGGGCUGAAUUGGAUUGUCAAAUGUUCUCAGGAAGGUUCCUCACUGAGUGAAAGGAAGUGAAGUAGUUUAAGUGGCGCCAUGAUAAGAGCCUUCUUGACUUCUCUAAUGCUUAGGAAAGGAGCUUCCAUGCUUCCUUACUGAGCUCCUUAAGGAACCACUGCACCACCCUUUACCAAAGGAAAGGAGAUCAUUCCUUUAAUAGUGACGUACCAGAGACGUUAGGAGGUUACUUUGCUAACAAUUUGAAUCCAGCCAUGGAGGCUCAGACCCCUCGGUCCUGAUAUGGUCACUUCCUGUUCACUGCUUGAUGAAAAAGAAUUAGUCUCUUUUUAACAUAGUCCACUGAAGGGAGGAGUCAAACCAACUGGACCAAACGUUAUGGAAGACAAUCCCACAAAAAUGUAAUAACAAACACUAGGAUAAAUAUGUGUUCUUCAAACUCUGUGAAUAAGAAACAAACCUUCUGCUUCUUCUUAUCUGUCUUAAUGUCAGCUGAUGGUGAAACGAGAGGCUCUUUGCCCCCCCCCCCCAGCAAAGAGGAAGUCGCGGUGACUUCUGCUGAGUGAGAGUCUGUUCUGAAUCUUAAUCCUCCUUCAGCUGCUCCUCCGUCAUGUGUCCACCCGUCCUCCUCCUCCUCCUCCUCGGCCUGGUGAGCUCCAUCGGCUCGGCGCUCCAUCCUCGGACCUCCUUCCGCCUCAACUCUGUGGACAGACCUGUGGUCCUCUUCGGCCCCCCCGACCUCCAAAACGCCACCACGCUGUUGCUAAGCGACGAUGGCUCCACCCUGUACGUAGGGGCGCGGGACGCCGUCCUCUCAUUGGACGUCAGACGGAGUGAUGUCAUCAGGCUGAAGAAGAAGGUGGAAUGGCGUCCAUCCCAGAGUGAAAUAAACGACUGCCAAAGUAAAGGAAAGAAUGCAAUGGUGGACUGUCCUAACUUCGUCAGUGUCCUGCAGCAGAUGAACUCCACCCAUCUCUACGUCUGUGGCAGCUUCGCCUUCAGCCCCCACGACGCCUUCAUCGACACACGGAGCUUCUCCAUGGUGACUCACGCUGAUGCUAAAGCUAAAGGCCGCUGCCCUUACAGCCCCGAGCAGAGGAACACGGCCAUCAGCAUUGAUGGGGAGCUGUUCACUGCCACCACCACUGACUUCAGGGGGGUCAAACCGCAGAUCUCUCGACACUUUAGCAAAGAUGGCCGACAGGAAGUGAGCCAGGACUCAUCAGUGGGCCUCCUGGAGGAGCCCACCUUCGUUGGCUCGUCUCACGACCCAUCGGGGGAGAAGCUUUACUUCUUCUUCAGCGAGGUCGGCAAAGAGUUCAACUUCCAGGAAGAGCUGCGGGUUUCCAGGGUGGCCCAAGUCUGCAAGGGGGACAUCGGUGGUCAGAGGACUCUUCAGAACAAAUGGACGUCCUUCGCCAAAGCGUCUCUGCUGUGUCAGCUUCCCCGACAGCUCCCCUUCAACGUCCUGCAGGACGUGUUCACGCUGCGGCCUCCGGAGGGCGCCGACGCCUCCGACACGCUGCUCUACGCCGUCUUCACGUCCCAGUGGUCCUCGGCUCCGGAGUCGGCCGUCUGCGUCUUCAAGCUGCGGGACAUCCGAGCGGCUUUCAGGGGGAGCUACCGGACCUUCCAAACAGGGACACGCCAGCUGGACCCCAUGCCGCUGAAACGCUGGUUCCUGGGACAGUGCGGACUGAACAACGCGUCCGACCUGGAGUUAUCUGAGGUGAAGACGAGCUUCCUGACCAGCAGCAGCGUGCGAGGGGACGCCAUCGCCGCCUCCUCAGAGCGGCGCUACAGCCGCGUGGCCGCCAUGAGGACGCAGGCGGCCGACGGCAAAGCCUACACGGUCCUCUUCCUCCUCACGGAGUCCGGGUUCCUCCACAAAGUGGCUCUGUUGGAUAAAGGAGCUCAGGUCAUCGAGGAGAUUCAGGUCUUCACACAACCUCAGCUGGUCCUGAGCAUCGUCAUCUCCUCCUCCAAGGGACUCGUCUUCGUGGGCACCUCGGAGGGCGUGACCUCCGUCCCCGUGGCGCGCUGCUCCAUCUACGCAACCUGCGCUCAGUGCGUCCUGGCCAGAGACCCCCUGUGCGGGUGGAGCCGGGCCGCCGCCGCCUGCACCGGCCUGGAGGGGCGUGGCCAGGACCUGGCUCAAGACCUGACGGGGGGAGACGUGGAGGAACAAUGCCGAGAGGCACCCGGGGCGGCGCCGGUCCAAGAAGUCAACGUCCAUUCCAACGAGGCAGUGAGGCUCCGUUGCGUGAAACCCUCCAACCUGGCCACCCUGACCUGGACCUCCUCGCGCUUCAAAGUCCUGCCGAGGAACCUCUUCAUCACGUCGGCCGACGGCGGCCUGAGCUUCCUCGCCUCCGCCGAGACCGUGGGGUCCUACGGCUGCGUGGCGCAGGAAGCCGGCCACCAGGAGGUGGUGGCGAGCUACGAGGUGCGGCGGCUCGAGGACCACCUGACCACGGUCGGCCAGGUGGUCCUCCCCACCGACCGUGGUCAGGUGGUCCUCGCCACCAAGGAGCCAAAGACUACGUACCUUGAGGUCGACCCGACGGAGGAGGCGGGGCUUCUGUUCACCACCGAUUCAAGCCGCCUGACGCCUUCCGGUCCGACGGACAACUCGCUGAUCCUCGCCGUGACUGAGGCAAGAACCGCACAGCUUGGGGAGCAGGCGCCGAAGAAGAGCCUGGUGGGAGGGAGGAGCUACCACGGUGAGCUGGUCGUGGUCUCCGUCCUGCUGGCAUCCUGCGUCCUUGUCCUGGCGCUCGCCAGCCUCUGGGAGUGGCGCCGCAGGAGAGCCGGCCCCCCGGGAGAAGGCGGUGAAACCAGGGGAUGGAUGGAGACCGUUCCCUCGCUGAGCGGCCCGGAGAAGGAGGCGAUAGAGUGACCUCCUCUUCUGUAGUUGCGUCACUCAAAUCCAGAGAAAGAUUCUCACAAGCGAUGUUACACAACCUCCUGGGUGAUCAAGCAAUCCCAGGCUGCUGUGUCUAGCCUAGCUUAGCAUAGCCUAGCUUAGCCUAGCAUAGUUUAUCUUAGCUUAGACUGGGCAUUCUGACAGUCUAAGAUACCUGUCAUGUGAGGUCUUCUGUUUAUAAUUAGAAAAUAAACCUGAACCAGGACAUUUUAGAACAUUUCAUAAUAUAAUCAUAAAAUAAUUUUAGAUCGUAAAUAGGAUUUUUCAUCAACUUUGAACUUUAAAUGUUUAAUCUAUUUUUAGUUGUUUUAAUAACUCGUUAAUUGAAAUCAGACUCCUAGUGGGAUAAGGAUUAACUUUAUGUUUUUUUUUUAUCUGACAGCUUUGUUAAAUGUUGAAACUUUUAUUAAAUGAUGUAUUUAAAUUAGGAUUAGCAUUAAUGACUAUUGAAUCCUGUGUAUUUUAUGUAAUGAGAUCAUUACUGUGUGAGACUGAAUGUAAACACACUGAGGUGUGAGAGCUGCUGUGAAUGUAAGAAGGUACAAGAUUAUUUAAUUCAAUUCAAUUUCAAUUCAUUUUAUUUUGUACAGCCCAAAAUCGCAAAUUACUAAUUAGCCUCAGAGGGCUAAUCAUCAGAUCUCUUUAUUGUUCUCCUGUUUCUCUACAAACAUUGUUAAACAUGUUCAAACAUUAAAACCAUAAAUGGUAAAUAUGUGGAACAUUUGUUGUCACAUGACAUUUAUCUGAUGCUUUUAUCCAAAGCCACUUACAAUAAGUUCAUUUCAACCCGUAAGGAAACAAACUCAGAAGUUUCAUGAAAUAAGCCAAUUUAUAACUUAUUAUGAUGUUUUUAACAUCUAAAUGACUUGCUGUUAUGGACCGAUUCAUUAUCAUUUAUAAUCACUUUACUGAACUUAAUCAAAGAAUAUUUUUCUUGUGUUUCUGUAGCGAUUAAAAUGUGGACUUGUUUGCAUUGAUAUUUUAGAAAUGUCGUAUUUCUGUCUGAGCUCCUGGUUUCAUGUGAGAGACAUAAAUGCAAUAAAGAAACUACCAACCUA